GUUGUUAUUUCGGCGAGUUGAAGCGUACAACAAGUUUGGCAUCAAGAAUCUCUGAAAUUCUUAUUAGGGUUCUUCUUGUUCAUUCAGAUUGGUCCACAUUUUCUUUACAAAUUUGGAGUUCCGCAGAAAAAUUAAAUAUGGCGGACAGCCUCUGGAACCCGCAGCUGCAACUUUUUCCGUCCGGUGCCGCAAAACGACCCCGCUCUGACUACGACCUCCCAACUUCUGGUCUGUAUUCAGGUCAUGAGAUGAAUAACUAUUUAGCACAUGAUGAUGAUUUUGGUGGUCCUAGGGCUGUAAAGGAUACAAAAUCAAUUGGAUCUGCAUAUGACCGUUAUCUUCAAACUGGGCAAAUGUCUUCAACUACCAUGGUUGGAGUUGGAUUGGGGAGGCCUGUUGGCAAUGGAAUGGCUGAUCAUUUGAUGGGUCGCCCUGGUGCUGUUGCUUCGGAUUUAAUUAGUGGUCGAAAUAUUAGUCUUGCUCAGCUCCCAGUGGAUGCAAUAUCUAGACUAGCACCUGGACAUGAAACAGCUCCUUUACCCCCAGAUGCUACCAACACUUUAUACAUAGAAGGGCUUCCUCCUGACAGCACAAGGAGGGAAGUAGCUCAUAUCUUUCGCCCCUUUGUGGGAUAUAAAGAAGUGAGGCUUGUGAGCAAAGAGUCCAAACUUCGUGGUGGUGAUCCUCUUAUCCUCUGUUUUGUGGAUUUUGUAAAUCCAGCCUGCGCUGCAACUGCCAUGAGUGCUUUGCAAGGCUAUAAAAUGGAUGAACACAAUCCCGAUUCUAAUUACUUGCGGCUGCAGUUUUCUCGGUUCCCAGGUCCAAGGUCUGGACAUGGAACCCGUAGUAAGAGGUGAAUAGGCUUUAGGUCAUGAGACACAUCCAUAUAGAAGCAAUGCAGAUUGCAUUUAGACAUGUACGUUUGACAUAUUGUCCUUUCUGGAGUGGCUGUUUUACAUUGCACAGAAUAAAGCUUGGGCACGCAUGAGAUCAUAAGCACUGGAAAUGCACAUUGUAGCAUCUAGGCAGUGAAACCAGGAAGAAUUUUACAGAUAAGAAGUAAUACCAGAUAGAAAGGAUAAC